GUCAUUAUAUAAAUAGAGGAAAGAAAAUUUAAAUAAUAAACACUAAACAAUAAAAUUAUAAGACACGAAGUCUAUAACCGGUAACAAAGGAAUUAAGCUCAAUUUACUAUCAAUUACUAUGUGACUAUUCAGUAUCUCUUGAUUAUUUGAUGUGUAAAGGCCUGUAAUUCGUAAAGGUAGUUGCAAUACCUUUAUUUUAUUUUUAUAUUACUAUAAAAAGUUUUAACUUUUAACAAAUAUCGUUAUAUUAAUUUAAAAGUACUCCAAGAUGGUUGAGGAGAACUUUAAAACUCUACUUCAGAUAUCAGAAGCUUUAACUAAUGAGAGAAUUAGCAAAGCAUUGUCAGAGAGAUUCAAGGAACCGAUGAUAUUUACACAUUGGGAGUACGUCGGUGAAACAGGUAAAGGUGAUUCCUAUCUCAGUGAAGUAAUACGUAUUAGAAUAUACGGGAACGCUAACGGCAUUACCAAACACGUUCAGGUCAUACUAAAAUCUAUUCCAAAAAACCUCUGCAGGAGACUCACAUAUAGAAGCGACGAGUUCUUCAAGAAUGAAAUCAAUUUCUACCAGCACGUAUUGCCCGCCUUGCUUGAAUUCGAAGCCAGCAAAAGUGUAUCUGAACCGUGUGAGAAUUUCACUAAGCUGUUUUUUGCUUAUAGCGACGGAGUUAAUGACGUCAUAUGCCUAGAAGACGCUGGCUUGGAAAAUUUUGUGUCUGCGGUUAGACAGGAUGGGAUAGAUUAUGAACAUUGCAAAAUUAUUCUUAAAACAUUAGCGAAAUACCAUUCAUUAUCGUUUGCUAUGAGGGAUCAGCAACCAGAUGAUUUCGAUAGACUAUCUGAUUACAUCUUCGAGACCUACUACGAUCCUAGACUUUGGAACUGGUACAGAAAAUUCUUUAAAAGGAUCUGCGGUAUCGCGAUAGACGCUGUAGAGAAGGAGUAUCCGAAUACAAUAUACGUUGAGAAAAUAAAAGAAUUCGCUGUACCAGAAGACAGAUACAAAGAUAUGAUCAGAGCGACGCGGGACAGGACCAACUGCGUCAUAUCCCACGGCGAUUCUUGGACAAAUAACUUUUUGUUCAAAUAUAACAAUAAUGUUCCAGUUGCUACGAAAAUAAUAGAUUUCCAAAUCAGCCGAUGCGCCAGCCCGGUUCUGGAUGUCUGUUUCGUAUUUUCAGCUUGCACGGAACAAGAAUUGCGUACGAAAUAUUACGAUAAACUGAUCGACUAUUAUUACGAAGUACUGUCACAGAGGAUUACGGAAUUGGGAAGCGAUCCGAACAGAUUAUAUUCCUAUGAUACUUAUAUGAUGGAACUAAAAAAAUAUUCUUAUUUCGGUCUGCUCUUCAGCUUCGAAUCCACGCCGAUGAUAAUUCUGCCUCCAGAAGAUGCCAUCAAUAUGGAAAUGGCGGGCGACCAAAAACGUGAUAUUGACGAUUUCUGGACUCUACCUCCAUUUAAAACGAAGGAGGGUAGAUUAAGAGAAGCUAAUAAUGUAGUGCAUUGUGUAGAUAAGGGAUUCAUAUAGAUAUACACAUAUAUAUUUCUGUCUUAAAUAUAUAUAUGUAUAACACUGUAUAUAUCUACCACAUACACAUACGUCUGUAUGACGUUUUUUUAGACGUUUUAUAUAAUAAACGUGUUUAUUUGGAAUUCAACAAUUCUUAAUCAUAUAAAAUUGACAUGAAAACCACAAUCUUUUAUAAAAUAAAACCUUUAAUAUAUUUAUCUUUGUCGAUUCUUCGAGUAUUUUUUAUACUAUUUAAUUUCUAAAGUAAGAGCUAUGAGAAAGUAUGAUUAAGUUUUUAUGAUGUGUAUAAGUUUAUAAUUAUUAACAUACAACAGUCAAAUUUAAACAUCAAUUUUCUUCACUCGUAUGUCAAAAAUUAAUCUGUUAUGCCAAGAAGAUACUUUAAAUUCUCGAUUUUUUUUAUGUCAUACAUUUUAUGUUUAUUUUUUAAGUCAGUGACAUCACUAAAUUUAUGAACGAAAUCCACAAUGUCGGUAUUUACGUCAAUGUCAAAAUUGACAUAAGGUUUUUUUUUAUUUUAAUUCCAAAUUUUCCGCCAGUAAUGUAUAUUUGAAUCAUUUUAAUACUCAUAUAUUUUAUUGUGGACUAUAUUUAUAAUUUUAUUUAUUGGUUACAAAUAAAUUAUUGAGAUUAA